UUAUUUGUAUCAAUUACGUCAACUGAGAAAUAGAUUUACUAACUGAUAUAAAGUAUUAGCAAUUUAAUUUUAAUCUUAACGGCGUAAUAAUCAAGAUAAUGUAAUUAUAUCUCUUAUCAUCAUCACCAUGACGUUUGAACUAACUAAUUUAUAUUAAUAGAGAAGAUGCUUAUUUUUGUUUCUGGAAUAAUAAAUAGUUUGCCUUUAAAAAGAUGAGUGAGCAAGCAAGCGUAAGUAUCACAAGUGAUGAAAAUCCACAGUACGAACAGCCACCUAAGAAAGGUAUAUGUGAUAUAAUUAAGGAGACCUCACGCAAACAAUUAUUUUUGUUAAUUGCAUUUGGAUGUUGCAAUUUUACCAUGGGAGCUUGUUACUCAUUAUUAGCUCCUUUUUUUCCCAAAGAAGCUGAGAACAAAGGCGCAUCCCCUACUAUUUAUGGGCUGAUUAUGGGUUUCUAUCAAGUUAUUGUAUUUAUCAUCUCGCCUAUUUGUGGAAAAAUGACUUCACACAUAACACCUAAUUUAUUAGCCUAUGGGGGGAUAUUCUUAUCUGGUUAUGCUAAUGUUUUGUUUGGAACUCUAGAGUGGUCGCCUCCCGGUAAGACAUUUAUAACCUUAGCAUUCCUCAUCCGAAUGUUUGAUGCCAUGGGAUGGAGUUUAUAUUUUACUGCCAGUUAUACAAUUGUUGCUAUGAAUUUCUCAGAUAAAAGAGCCAUCAUUGUGUCUCUUCUAGAAACAAUAUUUGGUUUUGGUAUGAUCAUUGGUCCCACUAUUGGUGGUGCUUUGUAUCAGAUUGGCGGAUACGCUACACCCUUUAUGACUUCAGGAUGUUUACUUUUAAUAGGCUCUUUCGUGUCUUUUUUAAUUAUUCCUUCGAGCGGUAAGUUAAAACUUUAA